UCAAGAGGGAAAAGGAGGGGUGCGGUGCAGCAGUGAGACUCCCACUGAGACUCGCCGGGACAGACGGAGAGAGAGAGAGAGAAAGAGGGAGAGAGAGUGAGCGAGAGAGAGAGAGACAGAGACCCAACCUAAAGAGAGGAAAAUCAUAAUACAGCAACAGCACCAUGGCAGACAAAAUUAAGAAUGCAAAGAUCAUCUUUGUUGUGGGUGGCCCCGGCUCCGGUAAAGGCACUCAGUGUGAGAAGGUGGUGGAGAAGUACGGCUUCACCCAUCUGUCCUCAGGAGAUCUGCUGCGUGCCGAGGUGGCGUCCGGGUCUGAAAGGGGGAAACAGCUCCAGGCCAUCAUGCAGAAGGGCGAGCUAGUGCCUCUGGACACCGUUCUUGACAUGAUCAAAGAUGCCAUGAUCGCCAAGGCUGACGUCUCCAAGGGUUUCCUGAUUGAUGGGUACCCUCGUGAGGUCAAACAGGGGGAGGAGUUUGAGAAGAAGAUCGGUGCCCCUUCCCUGCUGCUCUACAUUGAUGCGAAGUCCGAAACCAUGGUAAAGAGGCUCAUGAAGCGCGGAGAGACCAGCGGCCGGGCCGACGACAACGAGGAGACCAUUAAGAAGCGCCUGGAUCUUUACUACAAAGCCACCGAGCCAGUCAUCGCCUUCUACGAGGGCCGUGGGAUUGUCAGGAAGAUCGACUCUGAGCCUGCGGUAGAUGAAGUGUUCAAAAAUGUUUCCCAGGCGGUCGACAGCAUCAUGUAAAGAAAACCUGAUCAGAUGAACUUUGCACUUUUGGUCUUUAUUCUGUAGUUUUUCUCUUCUCAAACAGCAAACAAAAAAGAAACAAGCCCAAAUCCACAGCAAAGCCAGCGGGAGACGCCGGCUGCCCGGUUUCGCCUUAAUGAAUAGUUCAUGCCGUUGUCACCGGAGACCGUAUCUGCACUUUCUCUCACUCUGAACGCGAUUUGUAUUCAGAACGCUUUGCACCUCUUUCUUUACACCCCGCGCACAGUUGUCAAGGGCUUCUGCUGUGUUUUGUCUUGCGAUCUGUAGUUCUGCUCUGACAGGCUGUACCACAUGUCCACACACAGCAAUCGAUACUGCUAAACUUCCUUCCUUAUAAAUACCAUAGGCGAAGGCUAACUACCACACUUAUUUAAAUUAUUUCUUAAAAGAAAAAAAUAUAUUUAUAUAUUUUUCUUCCAUCCUGCGGGAAGAACAUUAAAACCCAUUUUCGAAGUGUUGCACAAUAUGGACAUGAAGUUAUUGUCAAAAUCCUGGCAAAAAAAUUCUCGUAUUUCUCAAUUGUAAAUUAUUAGGUUACAAUUUUUACACAUUAUAUUAAAACACAAUGAUUUAACACAAUGUUCUUAAUGAUCUGAUAUAAAAAUUCAGAUUCGUGAUCUCAAAAUUCUGACUGUGAACUCUUUGACGAAUUAGCUUAAAAGUAUGUCAUCAUUUCAAUCUGGCUGAGAAGUUAAAAAAACAAUACAAUUAUCUCUAUUAAUAUUAUCUCAAAAUUAUAACUGAUCAACAGUCAACUGCAAAAUGUCAAUAAAGGAAAAGAGUUAUUUAAUUUUUUCCCCUUUAUACUUUCUGGCAUAAUAAACGAGCUCUUGUAACAACAUCUCUCUCUCUCUCACACACACACACAAGCACACACAUUUUCUCAGAUGACAUCUCUGGCCCAGUAAUAACAUUUGUACAUAAAAAAAAUAACAGAAUAAAUAAAAGUCUAUAUAUAAAAAAAAAAAA